CCCGGGCCGAGUCGCCGCCAGUGACCGCGUGGUUUGCAGUCUGGAAAGCAAGGUCCAAGAAUGGUGAAGCUGGGGAGUAAUUUGAACGACAAGAACAGCAAACAACCAUCCACCGAAGAUGGUUUUCAGACAGUUCCUUUGAUCACACCUUUGGAAGUAAAUCACCUGCAGUUCCCGGCUCCGGAAAAGGUAAUUGUGAAAACAAGAACAGAAUAUCAACCUGACCAGAAGAACAAAGGAAAACUCAGAGUGCCCAAAAUUGCUGAAUUCACAGUCAGUUUCACUGAUGGUGUAACAGAAAGACUAAAGGUCACUAUUCUCAUAAGUCUGGCUCUUGCAUUCCUUGCCUGCAUAGUGUUUCUUGUGGUAUACAAAGCCUUCACUUACGACCACAGUUGCCCAGAUGGAUUUGUUUAUAAGCACAAGCGGUGCAUCCCGGCCUCGCUGGACGCCUAUUACUCCGCACAGGAUUCCAACUCCCGGGGCAGGUUCUACACUGUCAUCAGCCACUACAGCAUGGCCAAGCAGACCAGCUCCCGGGCUGUAUCGCCCUGGCUCUCUUCGGGAUCCGCAAACCACGAAGCCAAGGCUGCCAAGACAGAAGGUCAUUAAAGUU